GGGAGAGUGACUGCGGACGUGAGAGGAAAGCCACGUAAGACUGCGUUUUCCUGCCUUCUAGCCAUUCUAGAUGCGCCCUCAAAGAGAGGAUGUCUCAUUCAACCAGCUCUAGAGAAAGACGAGAGAAUGACACCAACUCGGAAGAUAACAGUUCAGAAACGACCAAUCAAGAGCGCCGAAGGUGUCACCAAGGACUGUCCCGCCCUCCCUUUCCACCUCUUUUACCCCCCGUGUUCCCUCCCCUAACCCCCCCACAUCAAGUCCUGCGGACCCGGGGGCUUCAGGAUCUGGGAGCUAUGAAAAGUGUCUGCCCAGGCACUUCCGGUUUUUCUUCCCCCAAUCCCUCUGCUGCUUCUGCUGCUGCUCAGGAGGUCAGAUCUGCCACUGAUGGUAAUACCAGCACCACUCCGCCCACCUCUGCCAAGAAGAGAAAGUUAAACAGUAGCAGCAGCAGUAGCAGCAGUAACAGUAGUAACGAGAGAGAAGACUUUGAUUCCACCUCUUCCUCUUCCACCCCUCCACAACCCAGAGAUUCGGCGGCCCCUUCAACCUCGUCCUUCUGCCUCGGGGUUCCAGUGGCCACUUCCAGCUACGUACCGAUACAGAAGAAGCUGCGUUUUGACGACACCCUGGAGUUUGUAGGGUUUGAUACAAAAAUGGCUGAGGAAUCUUCCUCCUCAUCUUGCUCAUCUUCGCCAACUGCUGCAACCUCACAGCAGCAGCAGCAGCAACUUAAAAAUAAGAGUAUAUUAAUUUCUUCUGUGGCUUCAGUGCACCAUGCAAAUGGCCUGGCUAAAUCUUCUACCCCGGUCUCUAGCUUUGCUAACAGCAAGCCUGGCUCAGCUAAGAAGUUAGUCAUCAAGAACUUUAAAGAUAAGCCUAAAUUACCAGAAAACUAUACAGAUGAGACAUGGCAAAAACUAAAAGAAGCAGUGGAAGCUAUUCAGAAUAGUACUUCAAUUAAGUACAAUUUAGAAGAACUCUACCAGGCUGUAGAAAAUCUUUGUUCUUACAAGAUUUCUGCUAAUUUGUAUAAGCAGCUGAGACAGAUCUGUGAAGAUCACAUCAAAGCACAGAUUAAUCAAUUCAGAGAGGAUUCAUUGGAUAGUGUUCUUUUUCUAAAAAAGAUUGAUAAAUGCUGGCAAAAUCAUUGUAGACAAAUGAUAAUGAUCAGGAGCAUUUUUUUGUUUCUGGAUAGAACUUAUGUUCUUCAGAAUUCAAUGCUACCCUCCAUUUGGGACAUGGGAUUAGAGUUAUUUAGGGCUCAUAUUAUAAGUGAUCAAAAAGUCCAAACAAAAACAAUUGAUGGCAUCCUUCUCCUGAUUGAGAGAGAACGGAAUGGCGAAGCAAUUGAUAGAACUUUACUUCGAAGCCUUUUAAGUAUGCUGUCUGAUUUGCAAAUUUACCAAGACUCUUUUGAACAACGAUUUUUGGAAGAAACUAACCGUCUUUAUGCAGCUGAAGGUCAGAAGUUAAUGCAAGAAAGAGAGGUUCCUGAGUAUCUUCAUCAUGUUAAUAAACGCCUAGAAGAAGAAGCAGACAGACUUAUUACUUACUUAGAUCAGACUACUCAGAAGUCACUAAUUGCUUCUGUUGAAAAACAACUUCUAGGUGAACACUUAACAUCAAUUCUUCAGAAAGGUUUAAAUAACCUCCUUGAUGAAAACCGAAUUCAAGAUUUGUCUCUUCUGUAUCAGCUCUUCAGUAGAGUUCGAGGUGGAGUGCAGGUUCUCUUACAGCAGUGGAUUGAGUAUAUCAAGGCUUUUGGAAGUACUAUUGUUAUUAAUCCUGAAAAAGAUAAAACCAUGGUUCAAGAAUUAUUGGACUUUAAAGAUAAAGUUGACCAUAUAAUUGAUACCUGCUUUCUGAAAAAUGAAAAAUUUAUCAAUGCCAUGAAAGAAGCAUUUGAAACAUUCAUUAAUAAAAGACCAAAUAAACCAGCUGAACUGAUAGCUAAGUAUGUGGAUUCAAAACUUCGUGCAGGCAACAAAGAAGCUACAGAUGAAGAACUUGAGAAAAUGUUGGAUAAAAUAAUGAUUAUAUUUAGAUUUAUCUAUGGCAAAGAUGUUUUUGAGGCCUUCUAUAAGAAAGAUUUAGCGAAACGCCUAUUAGUUGGCAAGAGUGCAUCAGUAGAUGCUGAAAAGUCAAUGCUGUCUAAACUGAAGCAUGAAUGUGGAGCUGCUUUCACCAGUAAGCUUGAAGGGAUGUUUAAAGACAUGGAGCUUUCCAAAGACAUCAUGAUUCAGUUUAAACAGGUAAAAUAUAUGCAGAACCAGAAUGUGCCGGGCAAUAUUGAAUUAACUGUGAAUAUCCUGACAAUGGGUUACUGGCCAACAUACGUGCCUAUGGAAGUCCAUUUGCCACCAGAGAUGGUAAAGCUUCAGGAAAUUUUCAAGACAUUUUACUUAGGCAAACACAGUGGCAGGAAACUCCAAUGGCAGUCAACCUUAGGACACUGUGUGCUAAAAGCCGAGUUUAAAGAGGGCAAAAAAGAACUUCAGGUCUCUCUUUUUCAAACCCUGGUGCUGCUAAUGUUUAAUGAAGGAGAGGAGUUCAGUUUAGAAGAGAUCAAACAAGCAACUGGGAUAGAGGAUGGAGAAUUAAGGAGAACACUGCAGUCACUAGCUUGUGGCAAAGCUAGAGUUCUGGCUAAAAAUCCAAAGGGCAAAGAUAUUGAAGACGGUGACAAAUUCAUUUGUAACGACGAUUUCAAACACAAACUAUUCAGGAUAAAAAUCAAUCAAAUCCAAAUGAAAGAAACGGUUGAAGAACAAGCAAGCACUACAGAAAGAGUAUUUCAAGAUAGACAGUACCAAAUUGAUGCUGCGAUUGUCCGAAUUAUGAAGAUGAGAAAAACACUUAGCCACAAUCUUCUUGUUUCAGAAGUCUACAAUCAGCUAAAAUUUCCAGUAAAACCUGCUGAUUUAAAGAAGAGAAUAGAAUCCCUAAUUGACCGGGACUACAUGGAAAGAGAUAAAGAAAAUCCAAAUCAGUACAACUAUAUUGCAUAGAAUGUUGGUUGUCCUUGGAACAUUGUCAUAAUGCCAUAGCCAUUGGAUAAACUAACUUGUUGAAUCUCAUGUUAUUUGACGUCUUUUAUACUUCCGAUGACCAAAUGAAGCAGUGUAAUGGAAAUAGUUGCGUGGACUUUUCUCAGUGGUUAACAUGCUCGUUUUAAAGAGUAAUACUUAACUUUUAAGAAGAAUGUUGUUGAACUCUUUGCAUGUUAUUUAGUAUGAUGUGUAGAAUACUCUUUAAGAAAGUACCCAGUCUUUAUGAUUUCUUUUGGAACUGGGGAAGAGAUCCCUAUGGCCAUUAAAAAGGGAGGGGAGUCUUAUACAUCAUCAAUAAAGCAAAGGUUUAUUUGCAUAAAAUCAUUUAAAAAUACUUAAA